CUCGCCUCCACGCACAGCAUUUGACACACGCACAGCAUUUGACGACACACACAGCAUUUGACGACACGCCGCCAGUGCGCAGCUGCGCCCGCCCCCUCUCGCCCAUGCCUGGACAGUCCACGGCCCCCACGUCGACGCGAUGAAGAUCAAGUUCAAGACCCCCAACGCGGCUCCCGGCGACGCGCCCGCAAACGGCGAGGCAGCCCCCGCGCCAGCUGCUGCAAAACCUGGCGGCUUCAAGAUCAAGCUGAAGCCCGCUGCGCCUGCUGCGCCAGCUGCGCCGACUGCUGGCGGCGACGCGCCCGCCGAUGCGCUCAAGCACAAGCGCAAGUACAUCAAGAAGCCCAAGACCGACGCCGACGGCAAUGCGGUCCCAGCAGGCAAGCCGGCGCCGAAGAAGCGGGGGCGCGACGGUGGCGAAGACGGGGACGUCCCAUCGGCGAAGCGCAAGCCGAAGCCCACGCUGAAGAGCCUGGAGCGCCUGGACCAGAGCGACGACGAGGACAUGGAGGACCGUCCAGCGCCGGCGCAACGACCCCCCAAGCUUCAGCCAAACCGGUCGACGUCUCUAAAGCUAUCUAUCAAGCCCAAGUCGUCCUCCUCCGCCGGGCCCGCGGCCUCACGCGGCACCACACUGCUCAAGGUCAAGGGCGCCGGGCGGCCUCCUCUCAGACCGAUGGGUGUUGGCUACGACAGUGAAGCCGACGAGGCAGAGGAAGAUCCCGCCGUAGAGAGCCAGUUUGUGUUGCGCAUGCUGCCCGGGCCCGACUGCGACCUUGUGCGCAGGUCCAUCGAAGAGAAGACCAUCGGGAGGAGCACCUCCCUGGGAGGGCCAGGCGUGUACUUUCGGUUCUUCGACAAAGAAGGCAGGAGAGCCAUGCUCACUAUACAAGGCCGCCACUAUGCUGCCUCCAUGGUAGAGCUGCCCAACAUCAUCGAGUCGAUGAAGAGCUGGAACAAGAAGGACUGGGUCAAGACUGCAGAUGUCUGCCAGAUGCUCCUCGUCUUGGGCAGGGUCCAGAACGAGGACGAGGCAAAGAAGUAUCCGCGACCAAGCCACGUCGAAGAGAACUCGCAUCGCUUUCCCCACGGCUUGACUCCACCCAUGCGCUGGGUCCGCAAGCGCCGCUUCCGACCACGAAAGUCUUACCUCGAUGUCGAGCGAGCCGAAGCCGAGAUGAAUGCACUGCUAGAGGCUGAUGACAUGGCCGAGAACACAAAGUACGAGUUGGUCGAAGAGGGAGCAGAGACCUCGGAAGACGAGUCCGGCUCAGAAGACGACGACGACGACGAAGAAAUGAUGAACGCCCCCGCAGAGACUCCCAUUGAAGAAGUUGACGCUGCGGAUCUGGAAGAGAUGCUGGCAGCCGGAUUCAUGGACGACGACCAUGUCGAGAUCCAAGCCAACGGCGACGAGCUCGCAGCUCUGUUUGGCAACAGCGACGCCGUCGAGGGGCAAACACCCGUCACGGCCCACGAUGCAGCUAUGCAUGCACUGGCGCAGCAUGGCAGCAUCGUCGUCGAGCCCGAGACUGCCCCAGCUACACCGGCCGCCGCAACAUCAGCCGAAGAAGACGAUGACGACGACGACGACGACGAUGACGACGACGAUUCCGACAUUGACGAGGCUGCCGUCGCCGAGCAACAGAGGAGGGAAGUCCUGGAGACCGAAAUCGCCGAGCUGGAGAAGGCGGUCCAGCAGAGCAUCGAGUCGCGCGACAAGCAGAACAACCCUCUGUUCAGAAACCGCGUCAACAAGACGAUUGAGAGACAGCAGCAGGAUCUCCACAUCAAGAAGAAGCAGCUGAACAAGCUGAAUGGCAACGAGGAUGUGGACGACUAGGUUGGUCGAGUGGAAGCAUGGGAGGAAUGUCCGACGUUACAGAGUAUUGCAUUGCAUCGGAGUCUCGGCGAGCGCAUUGGGCCGGCGCAUGGUCUUCACAAAAGGGUCGAGGAAGCACUCGACUCCACUACUUGUUCAUCGUUAGAUACCACUAUACAUUCACAUUCAAGGAACGGUCCCACUGCACAGACACGGAAUUUGUAAACGUGUCAAUGUCUGCUGCCGUACCCUUGAACUUUUGCCUGAGUCGGGU